AAGAAAAGGAAGUGAAAUAUCUAGUCUACCGUCUCCUUCUCUGCCUCGAACGGCAAAAAGUGAUUUUCUCUCUGCCUCUUUCCACAGUUGUCCCUUGAGAGACAGAGAUUGGCCCAUAGAGGACAAGGACAAUGAGAUCUGAUUCAGCGAAAAUGGUUCGUUUUGUGUUAUACAAUGCUAAGUAUAAAACAUAUGCACAUGGUUUGCGACUUUUAUGAUCUCUGCUACUCCUCAACAUAAAGGAUUCUACUGAAUAUAUUUAAUAGAAUAUAGAGAAGAAUGGCUGAUGGAAUAUCAAGUUUCUGGGGUCCUGUCACGUCCAGUAUUGAGUGUUGUGAGAAGAAUUAUUCUUACUCUUCUUAUAUUGCUGAAUUUUACAACACCAUAUCAAACAUCCCAACCAUUCUUUUGGCCCUCAUUGGUCUUAUCAAUGCCUUAAGACAACUAUUCGAGAAGAGAUUUAGUGUUCUUCACAUAUCUAAUAUGAUACUUGCUUUUGGAAGCAUGUUAUACCAUGCCACGUUGCAAAGUGUGCAACAGCAGAGUGAUGAAACUCCAAUGGUGUGGGAGAUGCUUCUUUAUAUGUACAUUCUCUACUCACCAGAUUGGCACUACCGCAGCACAAUGCCCACCUUCCUCUUCCUUUAUGGUGCCUUUUUUGCCAUUGUUCAUGCUUUUGUCCGUUUUGGCAUUGGCUUCAAGGUGCAUUAUGGGAUCUUGUGUCUCCUCUGCAUUCCGCGAAUGUACAAGUAUUACAUUUACACGCAAGAUGUUUCUGCUAAGCGGCUUGCAAAGCUAUAUUUGGCCACCCUUGUUCUAGGUAGCUUGUGUUGGCUCUGUGAUCAUUUUUUCUGCAAGGAGAUGUCUCGUUGGCCAAUUAAUCCACAGGGUCAUGCCUUGUGGCAUGUCUUCAUGGGUUUUAAUUCCUACUUUGCAAACACCUUCUUGAUGUUUUGCCGUGCUCAGCAACGGGGAUGGGCCCCAAAAAUUGUCCAUUUUAUGGGUGUUCUUCCCUUUGUGAAUAUCGAAAAACCAAAAACCCAAUGAAAGAACACAAUGGCGAUGAAAUAUAGGCUUUCUUGAAACGUUUUGGCAGGUGACAGACGUGAGCAAGUGACCAGUUUUGUUUUGUUUUGUUUUCUAGCUGCUUUUAAGUGUCAAUUGCAUAUUACACUGGUUAGGUGAGAUCCAUCAGAUUUUUCUUUGUAAAAGUAGAACGUGUACCAUAUUUAUAUGCCUUUCUUGGUAAGGAUGAGAUCAGAUGGCCUGUUUCUGGAUACUGAGAUUUGUUUCUGGUUUUAGAACAUAUAAUCCUGUGAUGAUUUUGUUAUUGAAUUCUUGAGAGAAUCAUGAAUUUUGAUUUUGAUAGCUUUA